AUGUCACAGACCUACCAAAGCUACGAACAUGCCGAUCCAACCAAAACCUCCCGGGGCGCAGUGGGUGGUGGCUCAUCAACCGGCGCCCCAGGCCUCCCAACAGGCGUCCGCGAUACCCAAUCCCAGUACGACGAAACCAAGGGCUACAAUCCCGCCACAGGAUCCAGUUACUCGAGAUCAUCAGCGGGCGGACCAACUCAGACCCGCCAGCGACCACUCUCACCGUCGCCGUCUCGCAGCGAUGACCGGAUUAUCGGGGAUGCGCCACUCCCGAACACGGCUAGUACAGCGCAGCGGGCGGAGGCGGAGGAUCAUGCUGGAUCGAUGGCUGCAUGGGCUGGGGAGGGACUCGGGAAUAAAGUGAAGGGUGCUGCGGCGUCGGUUCAUGGGGCUGGAGAGUCAUUGCGUGGAGCGGUGAAUACGGCUGUUGAUCGGGCUUUUGGAUCUACUGAGGGUGCUGAGAGGAAUGAGGAGAUUGCGAAUCAAGGUGUGGAGGAGAUUCAAUCUGGUCAGUUUAGUUCCAAGAGAUAUGCCAAGUAG